AGGUCAGAGUUGAAUUGCAUGGCUCUGUUAGGAAACACUUACGGUUGUGUAACGUUUUUUUUUUUUAUCGAUGCCCCGUCUUCCUACCGCUGUUGUGUGAGAGGACCAUUUUAAAUAAGGAUGCUGCUCCCUUCGUUACGGACGUUGGUGUCGUGUGGCUGUCGAAAUGCUGGGAGAGGAUUUCAGCAGAGCAAUCGGACUCCUCAUUUGCGGCAAUGGCUGGCGAAGAGAAGCCAGCACUCCAUCACAGCAGAGGCAGGAGUCAACACAGCUCCAGCUACAGUUCCCAACGCGGCCACCAAUCGGAUCCUCGGCCGAUGGCUGUUGGGCUGCAGUGGACUGGUGGUCGGGGCAGUGGUUUUGGGUGGUGUCACAAGGCUGACGGAGUCAGGGCUCUCAAUGGUAGACUGGCACCUGGUGAGAGAGAUGAAGCCUCCUCAGACUCGGGCCGAGUGGGAGGCUGAGUUUGCCAAGUACCGGCAGUUCCCAGAGUUCAAAAUAAUGAACCAUGACAUGACUCUACCAGAGUUUAAGUUCAUCUUUUACAUGGAGUGGGGCCACAGGAUGUGGGGCAGGCUGGUAGGGCUGGCCUAUGUCCUCCCCACCAUCUACUUCUGGAAGAAAGGCUACUUCAACAGAUCUAUGAAGGGACGUGCACUGGGACUCUGUGGAUUUGUCUUCUUUCAGGGCCUCCUGGGCUGGUACAUGGUGAAGAGUGGUCUGGAGGAGAAGCCAGAGUCCUAUGAUGUCCCCCGAGUCAGUCAGUAUCGCUUGUCUGCUCACCUAGGGUCAGCUCUGCUGCUCUACUGUGCUAGUCUAUGGACUGGACUCACACUGAUGGUCGAGCCGCACAAGUUGGCUAAUACUAAGCGUCUGAACCAGCUGAGGGGGUUUGCUAAGGGCACUGUAGGAUUGGUCUUCCUCACUGCACUCUCAGGUGCGUUUGUAGCAGGGCUGGAUGCUGGGUUGGUGUAUAACUCGUUCCCUAUGAUGGGAGACAGAUGGAUCCCUGACGACCUUCUGGCCUUUUCUCCAACACUCAAGAACUUCUUUGAGAACCCCACCACUGUUCAGUUUGACCAUCGGGUUCUGGCAAUCUCGUCUCUGACGGCCAUCACAGGUCUCUAUAUGUUCUCCAGGAGGAUGAUGCUACCUAGGAGAGCUAAGAUAGCCAUAUCCUGCCUUACAGCUAUGGCCUAUGCGCAGGUUGCCCUGGGCAUCAGUACCCUGCUUCUUUACGUGCCCACUCCCCUGGCAGCGACCCACCAGUCAGGCUCUGUCGCCCUGCUCUCAUUGGCCAUCUGGGUCCUCGCAGAGCUCAGGAAGGUGGCCAAAUAGAUGCCCACUUUGCCAUGACUCGAACAGGCCUCCAGAGACAAACCAGUCCAAGGAAGAAAAAAAAAAAAAGAUAUUCACAAGAUGUUCCAGGAAAAAAGAGAGGAGAGAAGAGAAUCAUUCUAUAAAACAAUGGUUUGGGUCUUUUGAUACUAUGUCGGGGAACUUCUAUGUUGCAAAGCUGCAAGCUCCUUCCAAGGGUUUUAAGUUAUAUCAUAACAUUAAAAUUAAGUCAUAUAAAGGUUGUUUUGAUUGAUGAAAUGGCAAGAAUGUUCAAGCUUAUUUUACUACAUUUUUCCCCUGCAGUGCAGUGGUUGGGCCAGGAGGUGAGUCGCCUGUAGUUCAGAAAUCUCACUGAAAGGCAUUACUGUAGCUGACGACAGAUGUAAUUUCAAUGUCACUAAAUAGUGACUAUUAAUAAACUGAAAUUGAAUUGAGCAGAACGGCCACAAAUUCAGUUCAGCUUUCCAAGUUUGAAAACAGAUUCUGCUCCGGCGGGAGAAAUCAAUAGGUGACUAUCACAGCCAAUCACAACACUGGCGGGUAAGUAAUACUGUGAAACACUGAUUCCACUGUUAGUGGCAGACAUAUUAUGGACAUUUUCUGAAAUUAUAUUGCAAAAAUUCUAAAAAGAAAUCCUAUGUCGGCACCUUUUAAUGCCUUCAGAAAGUAUUCAUACCCCUUGACUUAUUCCACAUUGUUGUUACAGCCUGAAUUUCAAGAAAUAAAAAAACUCAUCCAUCUACAGUGCAUUCUGAAAGUAUUCAGACCCCUUCACCUUUUCCACAUUUUGUUACGUUACAGCCUUAUUCUAAAAUUGAUUCAGUCGUUUUUUUACUCUUCACACUACCCCAUAAUGAUAAAGCAAAUACAGGUUUAGAAAUGUUUGCACUCUCCCCUCACAUAUAUAAAAAAACGAUCAUAUUUACGUAAGUAUUCAGACCCUUUACUCAGUACUUUGUUGAAGCACCUGUUUUAAUUUUGUCAUUAUGGGGCAUUGUAAAUUCAGGCUGGAACGCAAAAGUCAACUGAUCAUUUUAAAGGCUUGCAUACAAUAAUUACAUAAUACUAACGGGGACAUAGGAAGUGUGUGUGUGUGUGUGUGUGUGUGUGUGUGUGUGUGUGCCUUUUGCUUCUGAAACGGACAGGACAUGAAUGCUUUUGACUUAUUGAGUUGUUUCUCAUCCUUUGACUUCUGUCUGUUUCUGCUGAUCAAUGCACUGCCUCUUGAUUUUUCUGUAUUUUCAUACUGGGGUGAAUAUUAAUGCUUGCGGUAACCACAGAUCUCGGAUCAGUUGCCCAACCCCCCCAAUCCUUACCUGAACGAUUGAGGUAUACCGGCAUGUCUGAGCCAGGAUCAGUGGCUGGAGGGCAAUCUUUGUAUGUUAAAUAAUGUAUUAUAUAUUGCUUUAGGGCGUGAGUGUCUGUGUGAUAAAUACAUAUGGAAUCUUGGGUUUGUUUUGUUACUCGAGAUGUCUUUAAAUAAAGGCAAUGUUAGACCAUA